GAUGGGCCACUGUCCCUAGACCAGAGGAGCGGGGACUGAAGCGUGGGAGCCUGUGUGGCGGGGCCUCCUAGGGCUUGGGGCAGGGCUACGUCGUGAGAGGCAACCUAGGCCCGGGACCAGCGGCCUCAGGGCAGCUCUGUCCCGGCCGAGAGGCUCCGCCCCGUUCCGGGAUGCUCUGCGUAGCUGGUGUCACAUUCCAGAUCGCAUGUGUGGCCGGCGGGACUACCAGUUGCUAAAGGUACUGACCAGGUCUGAUCCUGCUUAGGUUCCAAGAUCAGGAUUUUUUGGCCUUUGAGGAUGUGGCAGUGAAAUUCAGCCAGGAAGAAUGGAUUUUGCUAGAUCCUUCUCAGAAGAAGCUAUACAGAGAUGUGAUGUUGGAAACCUGCGGUAACCUUACUUCCUUAGGCAUCAAAUGGGAAAAUAAGAAUAUUGAAGAGCAGUACAAACAUUCUUGGACAUAUCUAAGAAGUUACAUGGUAGAUGCAAUCAGUGAGCAUAAAGAAGGUGAUCAAUUUCAAGAAACAUAUAUCUGGAUCCGAAAUCUCCAUAGAAGUGCAAACAUUUCUGCUGGAAUAAAACCAUUUGCAUGUGGUGUGUAUGGAAAAGCUUUCACUUGUCAUUCAUCCUCUAAUGAACACAUCAUGUCUCACUUGGGGGACAAACCAUCUGAACACAAAUAUGGUUCAUUUGGAAUGCAGCAACAAAGUCACAGUGGUGAAAAAUCCUGUAAGAAAUGUGGUAUGGCCUUUAUUUGCCCCUGUUCAUUUUCUGUAGAUGGAAGAACCAACACUGAAGACAAAUGUUGUGAAUGUAUACAGUAUGAUAAAGCUCUGAGUUCUUCUAGUGACCUUCAAAGUCAUAAAAGAAUUCAUACUAGAGAAAACCCCUAUGAAUGUGAACAAGGUGGAAAAUCCUUUAGACAUCAAAGUUCAUUUCGAUUACACAAAUUAACUCAUAUUAGAGGGAAACCCUAUGAUUGUAAACAAUGUGGCAAAGCCUUCAAAUGUCACAGUUCUCUUCGAUUUCAUAAUGCAGAAAAACUUUAUGUAUGCAAACAGUGUGGUAAAGCUUUCAGAUGUCAAAGUUACCUUCGAAUGCAUGAAAGAACUCAUAAUGGUGAAAAAUGUUAUGACUGCAAACAGUGUGGUAAAGCUUUCAGAAGUCACUGUUCCCUUCAAAGACAUAAAAUAGGUCAUCUUGAGAAAAAACCUUAUGCAUGUAAACAAUGUGGUAAGUCCUUCACUUAUCUUUAUUUACUUCAGACACAUGAAAGAUUUCACACGGGAGAGAAACCAUAUAAAUGUAAGCUAUGCAGUAAAGCCUUUCUUUGUUCCCCUUUUCUUCAAAGACACGAAAGAUCUCAUACUUGGGGAAGGCCCUAUAAGUGUAAACAGUGUGGUAAAGCCUUCAGAAGUCACAGUUUCCUUCGAUUACAUGCAAGGGCUCAUACUGUAGAGAAACCUUAUAAGCGUAAGAUGUGUAGUAAAGCAUUUCUAUGUCUUCCUUUCCUUCAAAGACAUGAAAGAGCUCACACUGAAGAAAAGCUCUUUGAAUGUAAGCAAUGUAGUAAAAUCUUCAGAGAUGGGAGUACCUUCCAAUUACAUGAAAGAUCUCAUAUUGUAGAAAAGCCCUAUAAAUGUAAGAUAUGUAGUAAAGCCUUUUUUUAUCCCUCUUCCCUGAAAAGACAUGAAAAGAUUCAUACUGGAGAAAAACACUAUGCAUGUAAAUAUGCAUGUAAACAUUGUAGUCAGUCCUUCAUUUUUCCUUGUUUACUUGAGAGGCAUUUAAGAACUCACACUACUGAAAAACCCUAUGAAUGUAAACAGUGUGGUAAAGCAUUUAGAAGUCUCACUUAUGUUUACAUACAUGAAAGAACUCACACUGAAGAAAGACUGUAUACAUGUAAACAGUGUGAUAAAAGUCUUAGUUGUCCCAAUGCCCUUCAGUUACAUGAACUAACUCAUACUACAGAAAAAUCCAAUGCAUGUCUACAAUUUGAAAAAACCAUCAGAAAAUUCAGUUAUUUUCAAGUACCUGAAAAGACUCAUACUGAAGUAAAAGCUUAUGAAUGUAAGCAAUGUGGUAAAAUUCUUGAUUGUGUAAGUUCCCUUCAGCUACAUGAAAGAAUCCAUACUGGAGAGAAAUUACAUGAAUGUAAGCAAUGUGGUAAGACCUUCACAGUUCUCAGUAGUCUUCGAGUACAUGAAAUAUCUCAUAGUCAAGAGAAAAACUAUGAAUGCAAGCAACGUAUGAAAGUUUUCAGUCUUACUAAUAUACAUGAAAUAAAGAAAGCUGAAGGAAAUCCCUGUGAAUGUAAGCAGUGUGGCAAGUCCUUUGUUUCUCGAUAUUUACUUCAAAUGCAUGAAAGGUCUCAUUCUGCAGAGAAACGCUACGAAUGUAAGGUAUGCAGUAAAACCUUCAUUUAUCCCUCUUUUCUUCAAAGACAUGAAAGAACACAUACUGGAGAAAAACCUUAUGAAUGUAAACAGUGUGGUAAGGCCUUCAGAGUUCAGAGCUCCCUUCGAUUACAUGAACGAACUCAUUCUGAAGAAAAACCUUAUGAAUGUCAACAUUGUGGUAAAGCUUUCUGGCGUUUCCCUUCUCUUCAAGUACAUGAAAGAAUCCAUACUGGAGAAAAGCCCUUUGAGUGUAAACAAUGUGGCAAAACUUUCAGAUGUCACAGUUCCCUUCAAAGACAUGAAAGAACUCAUAGUCAGGAAAAACUAUAUGAAUGUAAACAAUGUGGUAAGGCCUUUAGAAGUCACCGGUCCCUUCAAAGACACGGAAAAACUCAUGCUGGAGAGAAGUCCCCAUGAAUCUGAACAGUGCAAAAAACUUUUAGAUGUUCUAAUUUCCUUGUAAUGUUUGAAAAUACUUGUAGGAAGGAAAUCUGGUAGUAUAAAGCAGUUGUGAAAGCUACAGGGUGCUUUGUUGUUGUUAAUGGUUUUGUUUUGUUUUUAAAUCAAUAGACUUACUGGAGAAAGACCUAUCAUAUGUGUUAAGUUGUUCAGUUCCCAGCUGGUCAUGGUGGUGAAUGCCUUUAAUCCCAGUGCUGGGAAAACAGAGGUAGGCAGAUAUCUGAGUUCCAGGCUGGCCAGGGCUACACCAUGUCUCAAAAAAUAAUGCAAAAAAAAAAAAAAAAAAAAAAAAGAUUUUCAGUUCCAUUUGAAAACUUAGACAUCUCUGGUAGAACACCUUAGGAAUGAAUGUAAUGUGAGGUUUUCUAAUUUUCAUUCAUACUCUUGAAUAAAUGGUAAUACAAACAAGGGUAACUCUUAUAAGAAUGGAUGUUGGUUUGUAACUAAUUAGGAACGUAAAGUUUGUAAACUUUUAACAGUCAAACUUAUGAAGACUAUCAAAAGUAAAUCUAAGUAUUACAGGUUCAUGACUUGGCCAAGUUAUUUAAGUCCUAUUCUGCAAUCAAAAGUGGAAGAGUACUGUAUAUGUUUAUCAUUAGGUAGAAUACUUGUUGGGCAUAUGUGAAACUGUAAGUUCAAUCCCCAGUACUCUUAGCAAAAAAAAAAAAAAAAAAAAGAAUGUCUUAAAAGAAUGAGUUGUCAUUUCUUUUAGAGGGGCAUACAUUGACGUGAAAAUUCUUUAUAGUGUAGUCUUCCAACAAUAGAGGUAGUUUGGGAUUUAUAUAUAUCACCAGACAACUUCAUAAUAAGAUUAUUGUGUUGUUACUUUCCCCAAUGCUGUGAUAAAAUGUUCCAACAAAACAAGCUAGGAAGAGGUUUAAAGGUUGAGCUGUGUCACGGUCUGACAUGGCACAGAAGUCACAGCAGAAGGAACUUGUUGGAGCAUGUCACACUGUAUCCACAGUCAAGCAAAGAGAGAGUGCUCAUGACUAGCUUUUUCCCUUUUAUACAGUCUGGAACCCAAACCCAGGGAAUAGUGCCAUCUCUUUCAGGGUGAGUCUUCUGUCUCAUCUUAAAUCCCUUACAGUCAAGCCCAGAAGCUUAUCUCCCAGAUGAUUAUAGAUCUUCUAAAGAUGUUGCUACCAAGUGUCACAAAUAUACUAUAAUGAACCAAACACUACUCCAAAUGUACAGUAUAUUAUUUUACUGCUUGUUGUAAACAGUGAUAACAGUAAUUAUUCAGGAAAGUGAAAAUAAUUGAAAGGAUAAUGAUGUAAAUGCUACACUUAAGAAGGCCCCAUAUGGAGUCUUAAGGAAUAGAUGUUGCUCUGGGUUGUAGUGAGUUGUAGUUUUGUGAAUGUUAAAGACAUUACUAUAUACUACUACUAUUAACUAUAAAUACUGUAGACUUAGAUCUUAUUAUCCAUAAAAUACUGUUCUUAGUAAAUUAGCUCAUAAUUUUUUCACUUUGCAAAGUUAAAAGUUUUUAAUACUUUUCUACUUUCCUAGUCACUUACUGGUUUCAAGUAAGAAAUUAGUAUACUUUUGGAUUACAUUGUGUUAAAAAACUUGAUUUUUAAAAAAUUUCUUGCUAAUUUACUGAAAUAUAUUUUAUGAAGAUUGCUUAGUAGAUUUUGGUUUAGGACUAUCUAAUAGUUUAUGAAAUGGUCCUAAAUGUGCUUUCACCAUUUUGUACUCAGCAUUGAUGAUUCAACCAUGGAAAAUACUGGUUCUCUAUAUUUUGCAUUCUCAGAUAAUCAGCUAAGAUUUAUUACCUUUUGGGAGUGUGGGUACAAGGUCUCACUGUGUAGCCCUGACUAGCUGGAUCUCGGUAUGUAGACCAGUCUGGCCUUGAAUUCAGAGAUUCACCUGCCUCUACCUCCUGAUUGUUGGGACUAAAGGUGAGUGCCACAGUAAGGUAAGAUUUAAGACUUGAUUCAAAGUAAGUAUCUCAAUUAGUAUGAAAUAUGGUUCAUUUUUAAUAAAUGCUAAGGUUGUAUUUACUAAAGAACCCUUUUUAAAUAGAUUUUUUAGAAAAGUGUCUUAAGUUACAAUUAUUUUUUGUCUGUGUGUGUAGAGAGAAGCAAUAUAGCCAGAAGCUGGUUCACACACUGGAGAGCUGCCAAAUAAAAGUUUGCUUCUGUCGUGUUGACACCUGGUAUUGUCUUGUUCUUUUUGUAGAUCAGAGGAUAGAGAUGGUUAGAGUUAAGAUUAAAGAUUAGGGUUAAGCUUAGAGCAGUAGAAAUUAGGUUUCAGGUAAGGGUUAAUGUUCUUAUUAUGGAUUAGGAUGAGUCAGUGUGGUACAGCUAGACACCGUGUUUAGGGGUUUAAGUUUUAGGUUUUUGUUUUUGCAUUAUGGAUUACUGUUUGGGAUUUGGCUAAGAUUAAUGUAAAGUGUGGAUAAACAGGUACAGUGCUCUGUAUCAUUAGGGUUUGGGUUGGGAUCAGAGUUAGGUUAUUAGUUGAGUUUAGACUAGUGAUAGUGAUAGUUCUUUGGAGUAGGAUUGAGGAUAGGAUUAGUGUUUAGGAUUUGGCAUGUUAGGUGUUAUAGUGAACAUUAAAGGUGGCAACAGAGUUAGCAUUAGGGUAAGAAAUUGAGAUUAGAUCUAGAAUAUAGUUAAAUGUUAGUUUGAAGCAGCAACAUAUUCUGUCUUCCAAACAGACUUUUAUGGUAGUCUGAAUAAAAAUGGCCCCUGUAGGCCUGUAGAGAGUGACACUAUUAUGAGGUGGUUUUGUUGGAGAAGUGUGUCACUAGGGUACAGGCUUUGAGCUCUCAAAUGCUCAAGUCAGGUCUAGGGUGACAUUUCACUUCCUGCUGUCUGCUGACCUUGUAUGAGGAACUCUAAGCUUCAGCACCAUGUCAACCUGCAUGAUACCAUGCUUCCUGCUAUGACAAUAAUUGUGUAAACCUCUGAAACUGUAAGCCAACCUCAAUUAAAUGUUUUCCUUUGUAA